AACCGCACGAUCUAGGGCGACAAACAUAUAAUCCUCGUCCAUAAUCUCUUCAACACCUGUACCGCCCCAGAGCACAGAGCAAUAUCCGGAACCGGGUAACACGGCAACCCAGAAAAGCGGAAAAUGGUUCAACGGCUGACAUACAGGAAACGGCAUAGCUAUGCCACCAAAUCCAAUCAGCAUCGGAUCGUCAAAACCCCCGGAGGGAAGUUAGUGUACCAGAGCACUAAGAAGAGAGCUAGUGGCCCUAAAUGCCCUGUUACUGGCAAGAGAAUCCAAGGGAUACCUCAUUUGAGACCUGCUCAGUACAAGAGGUCUAGAUUGUCCCGAAAUCGGAGGACUGUGAACCGUGCAUAUGGUGGAGUGUUGUCCAGUGGUGCUGUAAGGGAAAGAAUUAUUAGAGCUUUCUUGGUUGAAGAGCAAAAGAUUGUGAAGAAGGUUUUGAAGAUUCAAAAGGCCAAGGAAAAGCUGGCUACCAAGAGCUGAGUUCUGAUAUAAUUUUGGUCCUUGAUACAUACAACUAGUUGAGGAAUCACUGAAAUGUAAUUUUGAGGUUUUCAAGCUAGGUAUCUUUAUUUUUAUGGAAUUCUUGGAAAUGUUACUUUUGUUUUCAUUGUUCUACUAAAUGUUGGGAGCUUUUGUUUCUGGCGAUUUUUUAUGAUUUUGAAAUUCAUUUUGGAUUUGCUUCGA